CUCUCCCUCCCUCUCUCUCUCUCUCUGUACCGGAGGAUCGUCUCUCCGAUGCAUCCGGUGGAUCAUAAGAGGAGCAGCUGAUGAACUGAAGAUGAUUUUAUUUUUCUGAAUCUCUCCAUCAUCUCUCUGUCAUGCAGCUGAACACCUCCUCCCCUCUCUCCUCCCCCUCUUCUUCCUCCUCCACCUCGUCUCCUCUCCCGGUCACUCUCGGCUCUCUGGAGGACGGUGGCGGGGGUUUCUUCCUUCUGAAUGACUCCGGUAACGGCUCCCUGUCCGGCGGAGCGGCGCCCUCGGCGGGCAGCGCGGCUCUCAUCUCGUCCAUCUACUCGGUGGUUUGUCUGGUUGGUCUGAGCGGGAACUCCAUGGUCAUCUACGUCAUCUUCCGGUAUGCUAAGAUGAAAACGGCCACUAACCUGUACAUCCUGAACCUGGCGGUGGCCGACGAACUGCUAAUGCUCAGUGUGCCGUUCGUCGUCACCGCCGCGCUGCUGCGCCGCUGGCCGUUUGGCGCGGCGCUGUGCCGCCUCGUGCUCAGCGUGGACGCCAUCAACAUGUUCACGAGCAUCUACUGCCUAACGGUGCUCAGCGUGGACCGGUACAUUGCGGUCGUCCACCCGCUGCGGGCGUCCCGGUACCGACGGCCCACGGUGGCCAAACUUGUGAACGUGUGCGUGUGGAUGUUCUCCCUGCUGGUCAUUCCCAUCAUCCUCUUCUCCUCCACUGCGCCCAACUCGGACGGCUCGGUGGCUUGUAACAUGCAGAUGCCGGAGCCUGAGAGGCGAUGGAUGGCGGCGUUCGCAGUCUACGCCUUCCUGAUGGGCUUCCUGUUUCCGGUUCUUGCCAUCGUGCUGUGCUACGCGCUCAUCCUCAGUCAGCUCCGCGUGGUGGCGCUGCGGGCCGGCUGGCAGCAGAGGCGGAGCUCUGAGAGGAAGAUCACGGUGAUGGUGACGGUGGUGGUGUCGGUGUUCGUGGUGUGCUGGAUGCCGUUCCACGUGGUGCAACUGGUGGGCGUGUUCCUGCAGCGUCAUGACCCCACCCUCAGCCAGCUGGCCGUCGUCCUUGGGUACGCCAACAGCUGCGCCAACCCUCUGCUUUACGGCUUCCUGUCCGACAACUUCAGACGCUCCUUCCAGAGGAUCCUGUGUGUGCGCUGGAUGGAGGCCCCCGAGGAGCCCCUGGACUACCUGGACUACUUUAGCACGGCCCUGAAGAGUAGACGCCUCAGCCUGGACCAGGACCAGGAGGAGCAGGACAGGCCCCGCCCCCACAACACCUGCUCCAGGAUGUAGUCUGAACUCUGAUCUGCUCUAGGAUGUAGUCUCAACCCUGAUCUCACCUCCAGAAUGUAAAGCGCCAGGCAGAGCUUCAGGUGUUUCUGCUUUUACAGGUGCUCCAAGGGCUCAAAUUACACCUUCAGGUCCACAAAGAACCACGGUGGUCCCAGCUUGAACCAGGUCUGACAUGGAGAUCUCCAAAAGCAAGUUGAUUGGUUGAUAAACACAUCAUGUCAGCUGACAGAGACAUUUGAUCAGAACUUGUUUUAGAGCCUUUCAGCUCUCAGACGGAGGUUCUAAAGGAGAUCUGGACCUUCAGGAUUAAUCAGAUGACGGUCUUUAAACUGGUCUUCAGGAUGAAUUAUUUUUAUCAGCCAGAAACAUGAAUGUGAACUAACAAUGAUGUCACACAGAAGAUGUCAUACUGAUGACUCUGUAUUCAGUGUUGUGUUAGACAUGGACCCGCCUCCUUCAGGUUGACAGUACUUUGUCCCAUAAAGUCUCCAGAGCUCAGCCAAUCAAAAAGAGGGGGCGGGGCAAUCCUCUAAUCCAGCAAAGAAUUUACAUUCUUGUUUUCAUUCGGCAAGUGGAAAAAAAAGAAAAGAUUCUGAUUGGCUGCAGAGAGAAAUGUACUGCUAUUAUUAGCCAUGCUAGCCCCAGCACCUCAUGUUUACAAUGCUACUGAAGCUACUUCCUGUUAGCUUCUGUUGUUGACAGCAGCUUGUCAGCAGGUGGGUCGUGCUGCGUUCAUGCGCUGCUGACUGUUUCAGUUUUCCCCUCAUGGAGAGUUUAUGAGCUUUAAAGUUUCACUGAGCGGCAUGUUUCCAUGGUGACCAUGCUAUUGUGACAUCACACUCGGGGUUUGAAACUCACAUGUUCAAACUUUUUUAUUCUCCAGGAUGUUCGGCACACAAACGCCAGAAUCUGACUUACUAUAUUAUCUCAUGUUUCCACCGGGAAAAAAAACACAGAAGCUGGACACUGCAAGUUUGAAAGUUGACUGUUGCUAAGCAGCCCAAACAUUCUCCUCAGAGUUGCAAUGAUUGGCUAGUGACAUGUAACCCAUCCCUGACUGGUUGUUUGAUUCAGACAUCAUAACAUCCCGAAGCAGCGAACACAAACAGAUCAGACACUUUCAGUUUAAUGUUGUUGGUGACAUUACAUGUUCAUAAAUGUUAUUACCGGUUCAUUCUGUUCAUGUAACCCAACGUUUAAUGAAACAAUGAUGUACUGUCACUUUAAGUAGAAAUAGGAGCUGACAGGAAAAGAUGUUUAAAAUGAGUUUUUACUCGUGGCUCCGCCUGAAGAUUCACUAAACAUGAUUAACGUCUUCUUCGGGUUGUCGCAAUCUCAGAAUUUUAAACUUCAAUAUUCAGUUUGAUACGACGGCACAAAUCGAGAGAUCGGAGACCCCCAAUCUUUGAUACCAAUCAUCAAAACUUGCAGGCAAACACAAACACACUGUCUUCAUUAAGUAAACAUAUUACAACAUAAACAGAACUGAGAGAUUUAUUUUUGAGCUUUUCAUGAGACGGGACAGCUGAUAGAGCAAGAGAGAGAGAGAGUGGGGAAUGACAUGAGGGAAAGAAGCUACAGGCCGGACUUGGACCCGGGCCGCAGAUCCUGAGGGCCAUAUCCUCCGUACAUGGGGCGCUCAAACCAACCACUAGGCCACUGGCGCUCCUUCUGCAAUCUUUGAUGGAUUUCAAGUUUUGGUCUCUUCGCUCGAUCAUUAAAAUGACAGAUGACAUAAUUUAAAAACACAUAACUGUUCCUCAUGGCGACCCUUCACACACAGAGGGCCCCCCAGACUUUUCUGACUGGGGGGCCAGCUGGGACAUACGCAGGGAAGGCCUGAAGUUUGUGCAGACACAUAAAUGACGUUCACAUAUUAACCCUUUGUGUCCCCAUUAAUGAUCCAAACUUGUAUCACAAGUUUACAACAUUGUCAUCUGCUUAGCUUCAUUAGAGGAGAAGUACAACGUCACAAAUACUUCGAAUAUGACAUUCAAACUCCUGCACACUGGCUACUUAACAGAAAUACAGUUAUUGGCGAUGGUUCAAUACCCAAACGUUCUUAGUGCGUUCUUUUCAAGUCAGACAGGGUGCAGCAGUUUGGACUCUUUCCUUUCCUAAGAAGCCGCCUUAUCAAAUCUGUGCUCAGUAUUUAUUUACAGCUGAACGAAGCAGCCUGUUGCUACACAGCCAGAAUCUUUUUAACUUAAGCCCCGCCUCUGAUAAGGUAAAUAGCCUUUGGGAUUUUGGGAGGCACCAUUCAGAUUUCAAAGGGGGCCCAUGCUAUGCCACUCCUCUGGACACGCCCCUGCAGACACUAACAUCAUAAUCAUAAAGUUAAUGACAUUUGGGUGAAAAAUUGAUGUUUAUUAGCUUCAAAGAAUCAAAAUGUUUCCAUGCCUCAAGGUGUCUCUGCCCCGCCCCCUGCCCAGACUCAUACAGGUGGAUUGGAGGACAUGCUGCUUUGUAUUUAUGACCUUUGAACGUCACAAAGGUUAAAGAUACCUCACAGGAAGUGAUGCAGCUUCCUGCAGACAGUGAGCUGUCAAUCAAAUGAUGUUUAUUGUUUUCAGACUUUAAGAUUAAAUAUCGUCCAAUAAAAACUAAUUAUUUUACUGA